CACGGCCUGCUGGGAUGCGGCGGGGCGCGCGGGGGGCGGCCCGCGCCCGGCGGCCAUGUUGAGUGUGGCAGCGAGGCCCGCCCUGCUGUUCCCCGGCCGGCAGCGGCUCCCGGCGCUCAGCGCCCCCGGCCCCGGCGGCGCCCGAGGUUUCCCCCUUCUAACUCGGUUCUCCCUUUCAUACUGUGCUGGGAUUGGCUUAUCAGGAUGAUUCACCAGUUCUCACUUGGAAACACAGACAAGAUUUUCACACCAGUCCAGGGAGACCCAAGGAAAAGAGACCUGUGCUACUUCUGAAGGCCUCAGAGUCAGCUAUCCUGUUGCAGGUAAAGUCCCACGGUGAUGCAUGAAGAAUGGAGGCAGUAAAGCCUCGCUGAUUCUAGUGGUAAUUUACCUACCAAGAGGCCAGAAGAAAGUCAUGUAGCAAGAAAAACAGCUCCAGGAGCAGAGGAUUGCUUUAAACACCUCGCGCCUGCUGUGUCGUGGCUGGAGCUGGAGCUGAACGGAGCUGCUAGGAGGGCACGUGUCACAGGAGCCACAGUUGCAGGUUGCCCCAGCCCCCUCAGUGCAGGCACCCCGUGCAGCAUGUCCCUGCGUGAGCACGCGCUGUCCCUCUUCCGCAGCGCCGUGGGCACCGUGCGGCCGGCUCCCAUGCUGAGGAGGGCUGUGCAGCUCCAGGGAGAGGGGUGCCCUCAGCUGCUCGUGAAGGGACAGGCCUUUCCACUCAAGACGAACCUGUACCUGGUGGGGUUUGGCAAAGCUGUGCUGGGAAUGGCUGCGGCGGCAGAAGAGAUCCUGGGAGACCACCUGGUUCGGGGGAUCAUCAACGUGCCACUCGGCAUCCAGGAGAGCCUGCAGCGAGCAGGAAUGCAGGAGAUGCUUCUGAAGCCACACAGCAAAAUCCAGGUCAUUGAAGGUGCCAAGAACAACCUCCCAGAUGCAGAAGCCCUGAAGGGAGCAGUUGCCAUCCGAGAGCUGGCUGAGGGUCUGACUGUGGACGACCUGCUCCUUGUGCUUAUCUCAGGGGGUGGAUCAGCCCUCCUGCCUGCUCCCAUCCCUCCCAUCCUCCUUGAGGAGAAGGAGAAACUCACAAAGCUGCUGGCUUCCCGAGGAGCUGCCAUCCAGGAGCUGAACACUGUCCGGAAGAGCCUGUCCUUGCUGAAGGGCGGAGGGCUGGCCCGCUGCGCGUACCCCGCACAGGUGGUGAGCCUCAUCCUUUCUGAUGUGAUCGGGGACCCCCUGGACAUCAUCGCGAGCGGCCCCACCGCUGCCAGCUCCCACACCGUCCAGGACUGCCUUCAGAUCCUCACCAAGUACAACCUGCUGCACGCCCUGCCCUGCUCAGUGGAGACAGUCCUGUCCAGCUGUCCCACUAAGCCCACUGCUCCCCAGGAAUACUCCCACGUUUGCAACUUCCUCAUCGGCUCCAACAGGCUGGCGCUGGAGGAGGCCCGGUGCUGCGCCGAGGGCCUGGGCUACACAGCCCUGGUGCUGAGCGCAGCGGUGUGCGGGGAGGUGGCUCAUGUGGCCACGCUCUACUGCCAGCUCAUCCGGCUGCUGCGCCUGCACCUCACCGGCCCCGACCCCGCGGGAGGGCCCCUGAGCCACCAGCUGAGCGGGGAGCUCCUGAGGCUGGAGGCAGAGCUGGGCAUCCCGGGUUUGAACCUCAGCGAGUUUCUGCAGGCCCUGCAAGGGUUAGAGCCCGAAAGACCUGUGUGUGUCCUGGCUGGGGGAGAGACCACGGUUCAGCUUCGAGGAACGGGCAAGGGAGGGAGGAACCAGGAGCUGGUCCUGCGCGUGGGGCUGGGGCUGCACAGGGCACAGGCCCUGGAGGCCAACAGCCCCCCGGGGAGGUGCGAGAUCGUCUUCCUCAGCGGGGGCACGGACGGGCAGGACGGGCCGACGGAGGCGGCGGGGGCCUUCUGCGGCCCAGAGCUGGUGGAGGAGGCCCUGCACGAGGGGCUGGACGUGGAGGCCUUCCUCAGCAACAACGACUCCUAUACCUUCUUCAGAGAGUUCCACGGUGGAAAUCACCUCCUGGUGACAGGCUUGACAGGCACCAACGUCAUGGACAUCCAGGCCAUUUUAAUUAGAGCCACAGAGAGACGGUGAGAGCUCCCUCUGCAUCUAUGUAGAUGUGUUUAACGAGGAGCAGGCGUAAAUGAAGGCACGGACACUGCAGACAAAUGUAAACUGCUUAAACUAGGGCUCGCUGCUGAGGGUGCUAAUAUAUCUGACAGAAAGAAUCCACUAAUUGGAGUGGAUGUCCACAGCAAAA